AGCAGAUGUACCAGCGGGCGUUGCAAGGCUAUGAGAAGGCCCUUGGACCAGAUCACACAUCGACCCUUCAAACAGUCAACAACUUCGGCAUCCUCUACAAAGAUCAAGGCAAGCUGGUGGAGGCCGAGCAGAUGUACCAGCGGGCGUUGCAAGGCAAAGAGAAGGCCCUUGGACCAGAUCACACAUCAACCCUUCAAACAGUCAACAACUUAGGUCUCCUCUACUCUGAUCAAGGCAAGCUGGUGGAGGCCGAGCAGAUGUACCAGCGGGCGUUGCAAGGCUAUGAGAAGGCUCUUGGACCAGAUCAUAUAAAGUCCAAAACGGUGAAGCAAAACAUAGCAUCUUUAGGUAGUUCAAGUGGUAAGAGUAUAAUCCCCUGUAUUAGGAUUAAUGCUAUUUCAAAUAACUAAUCAUAACAACAGGAUCAGUCUAUAAAUCAGAUUCAGAGCUUCAAAGUAGCCAAUUUAAAGCAGAAAAAGAGAGCGAGAAACGACCUUCUAGACUUCGAAAGAUAUUGUCUAAGCUUAGGUAA